GGCCGCGGCGGGCUUUGCGCCUGCGCGCGGCCGCAACCGCCAGUCAGCUCUCUUCCCCUACCCUUCCUCCCCUUUCCCCUCUCCCCCUCCUCCUCUGCCUCCUAGAGCGAGACGCCAACAUGGAGCCUGAGGACCUGCCGUGGCCCGGCGAGCUCGAGGAGGAGGAGGAGGAACAGGCGGAGGAGUCUGCGAACCAGGAAGAGGACGAGGUGGUCGAGGUGGUGGAGGUGGUGGAGGAGGUGGAGGAAGGGGAGGGGCGGGAGCUGGACUCGGACUUUAAUUACGAGAGCCAGCCACGGGAGAGCACGGACGACGAGGACGACGAGGAGGCCAAGGCCUGGCUGCAGGCGCACCCCAGCGGGAGUUUGCUUUCGUCGUCGCGCCCGAGCCACCGCUUCUUGGAGGACGAGCGGACCGGCCCGGAGAAGGUUGUUCCAUUGACCUGUCAUGUAUGGCAACAGUCACUAUAUCAAGACAAUAGUGGUAUACAGAUUUCUGAUGCUAAUGUAGUCUCUGUGAAAAAAACAGCUCAGUGGGAUUCUGGAGAUGAUCAGAGAACAGAAUCUUGGCAUUGUCUUCCUCAAGAGAUGGAUUCUUCCCACACUUUGGAUACAACCCACACCAGUUUUAAUAUGAGAGAGGAAAGGACCAAAGUGACAGGCUUCCCCUCUCUGGAGGAAGGUGUAUUGACCCAACCGGAAAAUCAAGUAAAGGAACCCAAGAGAGAUCUCUUAUGUUCACCGCUGCUAGUCAUACAAGACAACUUUGCUUCUCCUGAUUUGCCUUUGCUGACAUGUUUGACACAAGAUCAAGAGCUUGGGUCUGAUUCCUUAUUUCAACAAAGUGAACUAGAUUUUGCACCUCUGAGGGGAAUUCCUGGUAAGUCUGAAGAUACUGAAUGGUUUUCUCGACCGUCGGAAGUUAGUGAAGCUGUAUUCCAGGCAGCCUCAGAAGUAGCUUCAGACUUAGUUAACAGUUGCAUUAGUGUAUCUCAACACUCACUUCUAGGUAGUGCAGCUGUUGGGUCUCAGCGCUCCUUUUUACGUCCUGAACAAGGGACUAAAGAAGAGACUGUUUCGUCUGAUACAGAUGAUGAACUGCAAACCUCCGAAGACUUCGAUAGUUGUGAUGCUCUGUGUUCAUAUGUGGCAUGGAAGACACAAGAAGUUCAGGAGCCAGAAGCCAGUUUAGCUGAUGAAGGUCAAGUUUCAGUUUCAGCUUCAUCUGAUACAAGCGAUGAAUACAUGACUUCUAAAGAAAGGGACAGUUUUGAUGAUUCUUAUUCAUAUGUGCAGUAUCGGAAACAGAAAGCUUUACAGCAGUCAGGAAAAUAUUUAACCAGUAAGGAUCAUGAUUCUUACUCAGAUUCAUCUGACACAAUUGAUAAAAAUAAAAUUCCUGAGGGAAGUGACAAUUUUAGUGCCCCCUUUUCAUGUAUGCCAUGGAACAAACAAGAAACUUCACACCAUCCAGAAACAUAUGUGAUCAGUAAGGACCGUGUUUCUUUUCCACAUGAAGUUGCUCCUCGUUUUAAUAACAAAAUGUCACAUUCUGUCUUGUGUUGUCUGUUGGAAAGAAGAGGAGAGGGUAUUUCCUUGACAGCUAGUAGUCAUUUUUUUGACAGUGUUUAUUUAAAGGCUCCAGCUGAGAAUGAGGUGAAAGACAUGAUAGAUUCUUUGGAGGGGUGUGAAAGAAAUGAAGAAGGUCAGGGGAAAGAAUUAUCUCAAGGUUUUGAACUAAAGGAGAGUAGAAGUACCUUAGUAUUUUCAGAGGUGCAUCCCAGAUCUUCAGAAAUACAGUCUAUUGAGAGUGUUGUAGUUCCUGAUAAUUCUAUACAAGUUUCAGAAAUACAUACGCACUGUAGGGGACCAGGUACCUCUAAGAUGGAGGUGUCUGGUGGUCCUCUUCAGACUCUUAAAUCCAACUUGGAUGAGACAUCAGAACAACUUUAUUUUCAAGGGGAAAGAGACCAAAAGGCAACUUCUGCUUUUAGUGGAAAAAGUGUUGAUGCUUCUGAAAAUGUAGCCUUUGAGGCAGUUAUUGCCUCAAUUGAGCCUUCCAAGAAAGAGAGUACAGUAAAUGAAAUCCAAACUGACAUCAAUAAGUCUUUAAUAAAGAAUAGCCAAGAAAGUGAAUCAAAAAAUCCAUAUCUUUCCCUAUUAAAUUAUAAUGAUGAAAGCUCUUUCUUUGAUAAGCUUAGUCAUCCAUGUUAUGAGUCCACUCCUAGGGUGUUUGAAUUAGCAGCUUCAAAACCAUUGUUGCUUAAAAAAGAUAAUGGUGAUAGUUCCUUCUAUUGGCAUCCUAAUUUAAAGUCACUCCCCAGUGCUCCUCAGGAAAUGUUUAUUAAGCCACUUUCUCUUAUUCCAGAGUGGAAGUCAUCUGCUUCUUUGUGUGAAAAAUCUCACAGCCAGGCUGUUGGUCUUGGCAAAGCACAGUCAGCUCUAUUUCAGUGUGAUAUAGGCAAUGAACCAUUUCUUCCCAUUGGGAAGAUAGAGUCUGUUCCUGUUCUUGACCUUACAGAGAAGGUAGGAUCUUCAAACAUUUUUUAUCCGUUGAAAGUAUGGACUUCAGAUUCGUUGGUUUUACAAGAUUUAAAGCAGCAAACCUUGGAAGAAGUUGCAGAUUCCUCAAACUAUAUUUUGGGUAAGAAUAUAAACUCUGGUAACAUCAUUGAAAGUCCAUCUGCAGGAUGGACUGUAGGAAGCAGCUUUUCAGCAAACUUGGUGACAUGUGAUGCAAAGUCACAAGGUACUUUACCAGUGACCAGUAACGCAUCAUUAGUUGCAGUUGGCCAAGAGACGUUGCUGAAAGCUGAUGUAGGCCAAGAUAAAAUUCCUCGGCCUAUGGGAGCCAAGUCCAGUUUCACUAUACAUACAAUUAUGCAAAAUGACUCCUGUUUUCUAGAGGGGCUGCAGGUGAAGGCUGAAUCUGACAUCUGUACUCUGGAUGAUGAUACUGAAUCCUGUAGCCUAGAUGAAAAUGCUGUUGUACGCAGUACAAGAGUUGCUGAUCUACAAAGAGAGGUAUGUGACCAAGGUGACCUGACUGGAGAGUACAUUGAGCUAGCAGGUUUAAAAAAUGUGCUUGAUGAUCUAGAGGUUUGUGACAGCUUUCUGCACUGGCAGUCUGCCUUACAACUGUCAUCUAAGCAAGAGAGUGAUUUUCAGGAGCUUGUAGAUCAUUCCAAUACGGACAUUAAUCAGUCUUUUUCAUCUGUAUUGCCUCCAUUUGUUCCUCAUGAGCUAACCAGAGAGUUGGAGUAUCACUAUUCAGAUCUCAGAAUGUUGAGGGUAUCUCCCGACACUGUGCAAAAGACUCUCAAACAUUUAGCAGGAGAUACUUCUAAAGGAGGCACAGCUGAAAUUACUCAGUCCACCUUGAAACCAGGCAUCAGAGAUUCAGAUAUUGGAUCUCAUUUUUCCUUGUUCCCUGAGGACUUUCCUCAGUUGGCUUUAAGGUUUCCUCAAGAGACUACUAUUGGUCCACAUACUGAUAUACUCAGCCAACAAGCAUUGGAUAGUCAUACAACUGAAAAGACUCUAAAAGUUUCAACUGUUCAUGAACUAGCUGACCAGAAGACUGGAAUAUCAACAGUGCCCUCUAGUUCCUACUCACAAAGAGGGAAGCCUGGUAUUUUCUGCUUACAGUACUUGCCAGAUCGUCAUCUAACUGAAGAGGCUCCAAAAGUUUUGGCUGUUCUGGGACCUGCUGACCAGAAGACUGGCAUACCGACAGUCUUUCCAAGUUCCUACCCACUUGGAGAGAAGCACGGUAUUUUCUACUCGCAGGCCUUGCCAGACAGUUAUGUAACUGAAGAGGCUCUGAAAGUUUCAGCUGUUCCUGUAUCUGCUGACCAGAGGACUGAGAAAAUAACAGUACCUUCUACUUCCUAUUUACAAAGAGAAAAGCAUGUUAAUUUUUCCCAGCAACAGUCGUCAGAUAGUCAUCUAACUGAACAGGCCUUGAAAGUUUCAGUUGUGUCUGGACCAGCUGGUGAAAACACUGGGAUACCUAUAUUACCUUCAGUUUCCUCCUCACUUGGAGAGAAGCCCAGUGUCUUUUACCAGCAGGCCUUGCCAGAUAGUCAUUUAAUUGAACAGGCUCAGAAAGUUUCAGCUGUUCCUGGACCAGUUGAUCAGAAGACUAGGAUACCUGCAGCAUCCUCUACUUACUACUCAUAUGGAGAAAGGCCCCAAAUUUUCUAUCAACAGACAUUGCCAGAAAGUCAUCUACCUGAACAGGCUCUGAAAUUUUCAGCUGCUCCUGGAUCUUAUGAGCAGAAGACUGGGAUACCAACGGUAACCUCUACUCCUUAUUCACAUAGAGAGAAGCUCAAUCUUUUCUGCCAACAGGAGUUGCCAGAUAGUUCUCUAACUGAACAGGCUCAGAAAGUGUCACCUGUUACUGGAUCUGCUGAGCAGAAGACUGGGAUACCAACCCUAACCUCUGCUUCCCAUUCACAUAGAGAGAAGCCCAAUCUUUUCUGCCAACAGGAGUUGCCAGAUAGUUCUCUAACUGAACAGGCUCAGAAAGUGUCACCUGUUCCUGGACCUGCUGAGCAGAAGACUGGGAUACCAACCUUAACCUCUACUUCCUAUUCACUUGGAGAGAAGCCCAGUCUUUUCUAUCAACAAGAGUUGCCAGAUAAUCCUCUAACUGAACAGGCCCAGAAAGUUCUAGCUAUUCCUGGACCAGAUGACCAGAACACUGGGAUAUCAAUAGGGUCCUCUAGGCCCUACUCACUUGGAGAGCAACCCAAUAUUUUCUCCCAGCAGGUAUUACCAGAUAGUCAUCUAACUGAAGAGACUCUGAAAGCUUCAUCUGCUCCUAGACCAGGUGAUGCAAAGACCGGGGUACCAACAGUACCUUCUAGUUCUUACUCACCUAGGGAGAAGUCCGGUAUUUUCUACCAACAGGUCUUACCAGGCUGUCAUCUAUCUGAAGAGGCUCUGAAAGUUUCAGUUGCUACUGUACCAGCUGAAAUAAAGAGUGGGUUACCAUCAGAAGCCUCUAAUUUCUACACAGAGAGAGAGAAGACCAGUAUUUUCUACCAACAGGAGUUGCCAGACAGUCAUCUAACUGAACAGGCUCAGAAAGUGUCACCUGUUACUGGACCUGCUGAGCAGAAGACUGGGAUACCAACCCUAACCUCUGCUUCCCAUUCACAUAGAGAGAAGCCCAAUCUUUUCUGCCAACAGGAGUUGCCAGAUAGUUCUCUAACUGAACAGGCUCAGAAAGUGUCACCUGUUCCUGGACCUGCUGAGCAGAAGACUGGGAUACCAACCCUAACCUCUACUUCCUAUUCACUUGGAGAGAAGCCUAGUCUUUUCUAUCAACAAGAGUUGCCAGAUAAUCCUCUAACUGAACAGGCCCAGAAAGUUCUAGCUAUUCCUGGACCAGAUGACCAGAACACUGGGAUAUCAAUAGGGUCCUCUAGGCCCUACUCACUUGGAGAGCAACCCAGUAUUUUCUCCCAGCAGGUAUUACCAGAUAGUCAUCUAACUGAAGAGACUCUGAAAGCUUCAUCUGCUCCUAGACCAGGUGAUGCAAAGACCGGGGUACCAACAGUACCCUCUAAUUCUUACUCACCUAGGGAGAAGUCCGGUAUUUUCUACCAACAGGUCUUACCAGGCUGUCAUCUAUCUGAAGAGGCUCUGAAAGUUUCAGUUGCUACUGUACCAGCUGAAAUAAAGAGUGGGUUACCAUCAGAAGCCUCUAGUUUCUACACAGAGAGAGAGAAGACCAGUAUUUUCUACCAACAGGAGUUGCCAGACAGUCAUCUAACUGAACAGGCUCAGAAACUGUCACUUGUUCCUGGACCUGCUGACCAGAAGACUGAGAUAUCAACAGUAACCUCUGCUUCUUACUCACAUAUAGAAAAGCCCUUUAUUUUCUACCCACAGGACUUGCCAGACAGUCAUCUAUCUCAAGAAUCUCUAAAAGUUACAGCUGUUUCUGAACCAGUUGACAAGAAGACUGGAAUACCAGUAGUCCCCUCCACUUCCUACUCACAGAGAGAGAAGCCCAUUAUUUUCUAUCCACAGGCCAUACCAGAUAUUCAUCUCACUGAGGAGGCUCUGAAAGUUUCAGCCAUAUCUGGAUCAGCUGACUGGAAGACUGGAAUACCAACAGUAUCCUCUAUUUCCUCCUCACAUACAGAAGAGCCUGUUAGUUUUUCCCUACAGGCCUUGGCAGGCAGCCUUCUACUUGAAGAAGCUCUGAAAGUUUCAGUUCUUCCUGGACCAGCUGACCAGAAGGCUGGGUUAUCAUCAGAACCUCCUAGUUCCUACUCACAUGGAGAGAAGCCCAUUAUCUUCUACCCACAGGGAUUGACAGAUAGCCAGGUACCUCAGGAGACUUUGGAAGUUUCAGCUGUUCCUGGACCAGCUGCCCAGAAGACUGGCUUGCCAUCAGAACCUUCUAGCUGCGACUCACAUAAAGAGAAGCCCAUUAUCUUCUGCCUACAGGGCUUGACAGACAGCCAGGUGCCUCAGGAGGCUCUGAAAGUUUCAACUGUUCCUGGACGAGCUGACCAGAAGACUGGGUUGCCAUCAGAACUUUCUAGCUCCUACUCACAUAGAGAGAAGCCCAUUAUUUUCUCCUCACAGGGUUUGACAGAUAGCCAGAUACCUCAGGAGGCUCUGAAAGUUUCAGCUGUUCGUGGACCAGCUGACCAGAAGACUGGGUUGCCAUCAGAAUCUUCUAGUCCCUACUCACAUAGAGAGAAGCCCAUUAUCUUCUACUCACAAGGCCUGACAGGUAGCCAGGUACCUCUGGAGGCUCUGAAAGCUUCAGCUGUUCCUGGACCAGCUGACCAGAAGACUGGGUUGCCAUCAGAACCUUCUAGCUCCUACUCACAUAGAGAGAAGCCCAUUAUCUUCUACCCACAGGACUUGACAGACAGCCAGGUGCCUCAGGAGGCUCUGAAAGUUUCAGCUGUUCCUGGACCAGCUGACCAGAAGACUGGGUUGCCAUCAGAACCUUCUAGUUCCUACUCACUUGGAGGAAAGCCUGUUAUUUUCUACCAGCAAGCCUUAUCAGAUAGACAUCUCACUGAAGAGGCUGUUAAUAUUUCAGCUUCUCCUGGACCAGCAGACCAAGAGACUAGGGUAUCAACAGUACCUUCUAUCUCUUACUCUCAUAUAGAGAAGCCAAAUGUUUUGUACCAACAGCCUUUGUCAGACAGUCAGCUCCCUGUAGAAGCUCUGAAAGUGUCAGCUGUUUCUGGGCCAGGUGACCAGAAGACCAGAAAACCAACAGUUACCUCCACUUCGUACUCACAUAGAGAGAAAGAGAAGCCCAUCAUUUCUUAUCAGCAAGAAUUGCCAGAUCUUACUCAAGAGGCUUUAAAAGUUUUAAAGGUUCCUGGACUAGGUGGCCAGAAGACUGGAAUACCAGCAGUAACUUCUACUUUUUACUCACAUAGAGAGAAGCCUAUCAUUUCUUACCAUCAGGAGUUGUCAGAUCCUAAUGAAGGUGCUUUAAGAGUUUUAGGCACUCCUGGGCCAGCUGACCAGAAGACUGGGAUACAAAUUGGGCCCUCCACUUCCUAUUCACAUAGAGAGAGCCCCAUCUUUUCUUACCAGAAGGAGUCGUCAGAUAUUACUGAAGAAACUUGGAAAGUUUCACCUGUUUCUGGACCAGCUAACCAGAAGACUGAGAUACAUAUAAUCCCCUCUAGUUCCUACUCAUACAGAGAGAAGGACAGUAUUCUUUACCAGCAGGAGCUUCCAGAUGUUACUGAAAAAGUUUUAAAAGUUUUUGCUCUUCCUGGACCUGCUGACCAGAAGACUGAAAUACCAACAGGACCUUCUAGCUCUUACUCACAUAAAGAGAAACUCAAUAUUUCACCUGUGAUUUUACCAGAUGUCCAGAAGACUGAGUUUCUGACAGCUCCCCCUAGUUCCUACUCAAAAAGAGAAAAACCCAAAAUUUCAACUGUGAGUGGACCAGAUGACCAGAAGACUCCGUUACCGACAGUUUUUCAUAAUUCCUGUUCUCAGAAUUUUGAGAUUGAGGAUAUUCUGAAGAUUUCACCUGUCCCUGAGCCAAUUGUUGUGAAUUCUGGGAUACCAAUACCUCUUUCUAGUUCCUCUUCCCACAGAGAGAAAUCUAAUAUUUUCUACCCACAGGAAUUGCCAGACAAACAUUUAGCUGAAGAUGCACUGAACAUUUCAUCAAUUCCUGUACCAGCUGACCAGAAAAGUCUGUUACCAACAGCUCCUCCUGGUUCCUUUUCACACAGAGAGAAACCAAAUUUAUUCUACCAACAAGAUUUUCCAGAUAGACAUCUACCUGAAGAUUCUGUGAUGUUCUCACGUGGUCUUGGGCAAGCUGAUCAGAUUACUGGUUUAUCAACAGUUACUCCUGGUACUUAUUCACAUAGUGAGAAGCAGAAACUUGUUUCAGACCAUGUUCAAAUGCUAAUAGAUAAUUUGGAUUCUCCUAACUCCAGUAUUAUCUCAAGCAGUAUGCCUUUAAGUUCUCAGGCUGAUGGUAGAGUUAUAAUAAGUAAGCCAGAAUCUUCACGUUUUGAAGGUGUUGGCUCUGUGGAAAUUCAAGAUACAAGCAAUAGUUCCAAAACUCUUAAAGAGAUUCGGACCCUUUUAAUGGAGGCAGAAAAUAUAGCACUGAAACGAUGCAAUUUUCCUGCUCCUCUUGUCCCUUUCCGAGAUGUUAGUGAUAUUUCAAUUAUACAAUCUAAGAAGAUGGUUUGCUUCAAUGAGCCCCUCACAGCUGCUGAAUCUAAUAGUGAUUUGCCUCGGAGACAGCCAUUUACAGAGGAAAGCCCAAGCAACAAGUGCAUACAGAAAGAUAUUAGCACACAGACAAAUCUGAAAUGCCAGAGAGGCAUUGAGAACUGGGAGUUUAUUAGUUCAACCACACUUAGAAGUCCUCUACAAGAAGCAGAAAGCAAAGCCGGAGUGACGUUAGAUGAAACCCUUCGACAGUGUAGAGCAGCCCAAUCCGUAAUGAGAUCUGAACCUGAAGGGUAUAGUGGAACCAUUGGCAAUAAAAUUGUUAUCCCUAUGAUGACUAUCAUUAAAAGUGAUUCAAGUAGUGAUGCCAGUUCCUGCUCAUGGGACAGUAAUUCCUUGGAGUCAGUUUCUGAUGUUCUUCUAAAUUUCUUUCCAUGUGCUUCACCCAAGACAAGUUUGACAGAUAGCAGAGAAGAAGAAAGUGUGUCAGAGAGUGAUGAUUGUGGUGGUAGCAAUGUAGAUUCACUGGCUGCACAUGUCAAAAACCUUCUCAAGUGUGAAUCCUCAUUGAAUCAUGCUAAACAAAUACUCAGAAAUGCAGAGGAAGAGGAAUGUCGAGUACGAGCACGAGCCUGGAAUCUGAAAUUUAAUCUGGCUCAUGAGUGUGGCUACUCCAUUUCAGAAUUAAAUGAAGCUGACAGGAAAAAAGUAGAAGAGAUCAAAGCAGAGUUGUUCAGUCAUGGGAGAACAGCUGACUUGUCCAAGCGUUUGCCGAGUCCACAGGGAAUAAGAUGCAACCCAGAAGCUGUAUGUGGUCACAUCAUUAUUGAGAGCCAUGAAAAAGGAUGUUUCAGGACUCUAACUGCCAAACAACCACAAUUGGAUAGCCACCCUUAUGUUUUCAGACCUGCUGACCCCUCAGACAUUAUCAGAGGACAGCGGAGUCCAUCAUCAUGGAAAACCAGACACAUCAACCUUUCCAAAUCAUUAGACCAGAGUAACCCCCAUUUCAAAGUUUGGAAUUCCUUGCAGUUACGAAGUCCUUCCCCCUUUCAGAACUUUACAGCUGAUGACUUCAGAAUUAGGCAGGGUCUUCGAAUGCCUUUCCAUGAAAAGAUAGACCCUUGGCUAUCAGAAUUAGUAGAACCUGUGCCACCCGAAGAAAUGGAUUGUCAUUCUUCAUCACAUAUGCUUCCCCCAGAGCCCAUGAAAAAGUUUACUACUUCCAUCACUUUUGCAUCUCACCGACACUCUAAAUGCUUUUCAGAUUCCUCUGUUCUUAAGGUUGGUGUUACUGAAGGUAGCCAGUGUACUGGAGCAUCUGUGGGGGUAUUUAAUUCUCAUUUCACUGAAGAGCAAAAUCCUCCCAGAGAUCUAGAACAGAAAACCUCUUCCCCUUCAUCAUUUAAAAUUGUUAGUCAUUCGCCAGAUACCGCUGUGACUAUUUUAGCAGAAAGUAGUAGGCAGAGUCAAAAAUUAUCUAUUGAACAUUCUCAGCAAGAAGAAAAACUCUUAGAAAGAUCAGAUUUUAAAGGCAGUGAUUCUGAGCCCAGUACCAGUGCAAAGUAUAGCAGUGUCAAGGAAGUUCAUUUUUCUGAUAACCAUACUCUCAUUAGCGUGAGCAGACCAAGUUCCACACUAGGAGUAAAAGAGAAGACUGUAGCUAUAACUCCAGAUCUUUCUUCGCACGUUUUACUUGAACGACAAGAGCUCUUUGAACAAAGCAAAGCCCCACACACAGAUCACCGUGUGAGAAAAUGCCAUUCUCCCCCUCCUCAACAUCAGGAUUAUGUAGCUCCGAACCUUCCUUGUCGCAUUUUUCUUGAAAAACGAGAACUCUUUGAACAAAGCAAAGCCCCACAUUUAGAUCAUCAGAUGAGAGAAAACCAAUCUCCCUUUCCUCAAGGUCAGGAUUAUAUAGCUUCAGACCUUCCUUCUUCCAUUUUUCUUGAACAACGUCAGCUCUUUGAACAAAGCAAAGCCCCAGAUGUAGAUCACAUGGGAAAAUACCAUUCCCCCUUUCGUCAAGGUCAGGAUUAUGUAGUAGAAAAGAAUAAUCAACAUAAGUUUAAGUCAUACAUUUCUAAUAUGAUAAAUGUUGAAGCCAAGUUCGAUUCUGUGGUCUCCCAACCAGUCCCAAAUCAGUGUACAUUAGUAACAUCUGCAUCUACUCCACCCUCAAAUAGAAAAGCACUUUCUUGUGUUCGUAUAACUCUUUAUCCCAAGACUCCUUCCAAGGUGGAUAGUGGAACCUUAGAUAGAAGAUUGCAUUCAUUGGAUCCUGCUUCUAAAACAAGGAUGAAUAGUGAGUUUAAUUCUGACCUACAGACUAUAUCUUCAAGAUCAUUGGAACCAACCUCCAAAUUAUCGGCCAGUAAACCUGUAGCACAGAAUCAAGAAUCUUUAGGUUUUCUAGGACUUAAAUCUUCACCGGACUUCCAAGUUGUACAGUCUCCUCUUCCAGAUAGUAAUACUAUUUCUCAGGACUUGAAAACCAUACCUUUUCAGAAUAGCCAGAUAGUAACCUCAAGGCAGACACAAGUGAACAUUUCAGAUUUGGAAGGAUAUUCCAGUCCAGAAGGGAUUCCAGUAUCUGCAGAUCGACUGUCAGAGGAGAUUAAGACCCCAUUUUCUGCCUUUUCUGGAAAAUUAUCAUCUGAUGCAGUCACUCAGAUAACAACAGAAAGUCCAGGAAAAACCACGUUUUCAUCUGAAAUUUUUAUUAAUGCUGAAGAUCAUGGAUUUGAAAGUCCAGAGCCUAGUACCCAGAACGUGGACAAAGUCCCUGUCAAGUUUGUGUCAUCAUCUUCAGUUCAACAGAUUACUCAUCCUCAUGGCACAGAUGCCCAGCCUUCACUGUUGCCAUAUAAACCUCCUGGUAGUACCAGGAUGUACUAUGUUCCACAAUUAAAACAGAUUCCUUCUUAUCUGGAUUCCAGAUCAGAUACCACCAUUGAGAGCUCUCACUCAGGAUCCAAUGAUGCCAUCGCUCCAGACUUCCCAGCUGAGGUGCUAGGCACCAGGGAUGAUGACCUGUCCAUCCCUGCUGACACUAAACAUAAAGAAGGGAUCUACAGUAAGAGGGCCGUGGCUAAGCCGUCCUUCUCAGUGGGGAAAAACCCCCCUCAGAAAGAUAAUGCAGAUGCCGAAGUUCAAGUUUCUGUCAGUGGGGAUGCGAGCCUUUCAGACAAAAACCAGAAAAAGGAGAUCUACAGUAAAAAGGCGGUGGCUAAGGCUGCCCAACCUGAAGAGAAAGAAUUCUUGGAGACAGCCACUGCAGGUUCUAGUGGUGCUGCUGCUGCAGAGCCCUCAGCUCGACUACAAAACAUAAAGAUAGAAAGUCCACCAGACACUGAAGCCAUUAAACAGAAUGAGGAGAUCCAUAGUAAGAGGACAGUUCCUAAAGAAGCCUGGACAGAAGAUCAAGAAUCCUUGCAGAUAGAUAUUGCAGAGUCCAGAUGUCAUUCAGAAUUUGAAAAUACUACCCAUUCUGUCUUCAGGUCAGCCAAGUUUUACUUUCAUCAUCCAGUCCACCUACCAACUGACCAAGAUGUUUGCCAUGAAUCCUUGGGGAGGAGUGUUUUCAUGAGGCAUUCUUGGAAAGAUUUCUUUCAGCGUCAUCCAGACAAACAAAGAGGACAUACUUGUCUUCCUUGCCCUGAUGAAAAUGUGGAAAAGACCAAGGCAGAUUAUACCAGAAUAGAGAGCCUCAGUAUCAAUGUAAACUUGGAAAACAAAGAAGUGAUGCAUUCCGCUAAAAGUCAGGCUAGAGAUUAUCCAAAAAGUGACAAACAAAUUAGUGAUCCAAAAAGGGAUCGUAAGGUCACCCCAGAGCUAGCAACUCAGCACACUGUGAGUUUGAAUGAACUCUGGAACAAGUAUCAGGAGCGACAGAAACAAAAGAAACCUCCCGAGUUUAGUGACAGAAAAGAACUAUCCUUGGUGGAGCGACUUGAUCGUUUGGCUAAACUUCUUCAGAAUCCCAUCACAUAUUCUCUCUGGGCCUCUGAAAGCACACAGGAUGAUAGCAGAGGGGAACGGGAUAUUAAGCAACAGCAGAAAAUCAAGCUUCAGAAAAAGAAGCGGUAUAAGAGCCUGGAGAAAUGCCAUAAAAACACAGGAGAGCUUAAAAAAAGCAAGGCGCUUUCUCCUCAUCAAGCUGGGAGGUCCAACCAGAUUAAAAUUGAACAGAUUAAAUUUGAUAAGUAUAUCCUGAGAAAACAGCCAGGUGUUCAUUAUAUAAACAACACUUCCUCAGAUUCUAGACCAUCUGACGAAAGUGAGCUGCUCACAGACACUGCCACCAACAUCCUUUCCACAACCAAUUCUCCUGUGGAAUCUGAUAUCUUGACCCAAACAGAUAAAGAGGUGACUUUGCAGGAGAGAAGCAGCUCUAUUUCCACCAUUGACACUGCCCGACUGAUCCAAGCUUUUGGCCAUGAAAGAGUUUGUCUGUCACCCAGGCGAAUUAAAUUAUACAGCAGCAUUACCGACCACCAGAGGAGAUACCUUGAGAGGCGGAGCAAGAAGAAUAAGAAAGCUUUGAAUACAAGUCAUCCCCAAAUGACUUCUGAGCACACCAGAAGGAAACACAUCCAGGUGGCAAACCAUGUGAUUUCUUCUGAUUCUAUUUCAUCUUCUACCAGUAGUUUCUGGAGCUCAAGCCCCACCCUUUGCAACAAGCAAAAUGUACAUAUGUUAAACAAGGGUGUACAAGCAGGUAACUUGGAGAUCGUGAAUGGUGUCAAAAAACACACUCGAGAUGUUGGGAUGACUUUCCCAACUCCAAGCUCUAGCGAGGCUAGAGUAGAAGAGUACAGCGACGUGACUUCUUGGUCAGAAGAAAAAAUAGAAGAGAAAAGUCUUCUCACCGGUUAUCUUGGGGAUAAAAAGUUAAGGAAGAACAAGCAGAGUUGCAAUGAAGGAGUUUCAUGGUUUGUUCCUGUGGAAAAUGUGAAGUGUGGUCCUAAGAAGGAAAACCUGCCCAAACUUUAUGGCCCUGGUAUCUGCUGGUUUGCACCAAUAACCAACACCAAACCGUGGAGAGAGCCACUGCGGGAACAGAACUGGCAGGGACAGCACAUGGACAGCCACGGGUCACUAGCAGGCCCAGGCAGAGAUCCCCCGAGGCCAUUUGUGAAAGCAACCCUACAGGAAUCUCUUCAGCUUCACAGACCCGACUUCAUCUCCCGCUCUGGGGAGAGAAUAAAGCGUCUGAAGUUAAUAGUGCAGGAGAGGAAACUACAGAACAUGUUACAGAGUGAGCGGGAGGCACUGUUCAACACUGUCAGAGAAUGGCAAGGCUGCCAGGACCCAACACGCCGGCUCCUGAAGAGAGGCUUCCUGGAUGCCCAAAAGAACAGGCCUAUUGGAAAGAAGGAAAUGAUUCAGAGGUCUAAACGGAUUUAUGAGCAGCUUCCAGAAGUGCAGAGAAAGAGAGAAGAAGAGAAGAGAAGAUUGGAAUAUAAGUCAUACCGGCUACGAGCUCAGCUAUUCAAGAAGAGGACUCUGAAAAUCAGAAUCCAAAAGACGAGUUUAUGCCAGACCGAUGUGGGAUUGGAGAACUGCUUCUGGAGCAUACCUGGAGCUGGGCCGGGCCGGUCCCCUCGAGGAGGGGGGCCCCAGGCACCGCAUGGCCCGGCCAGUGUGUCAGCGGCACAGGCCAGGCCUCUCAUUGUACUUGUAUGUUUGAACUGAUGGAUGAAUGAGUCUAUCCAGAUCAUAAAUGAUCUGUAUCUAUAUAGACAUAAUAGAUACUGAUUAUAUACAUCAUGUUUCCUUAACACUUCAGGAAAAAUUUUUUUUGCAUAAUUACCAUAGUUUCUGUAGCUGGGGAAGAUAAAUGUGAUUUGGGUAGAACCUCACUGGUCUCUCAGCAACAUGUCUGGGGUGGCUGUCUGCCUCUGAUGGCAAGAGUAUCU